AUGGUAGGCAAGCCCGCACGCUUGCGUUCGGGCCGCACUCUAACGGGAGGCGAAGGCGACAGUAUCAGGAAUGACAACGGCGACGCGAGCGGCGAGCAGGGCGGCAUGAUGCCGGGCGAGCUGGUGGAGUCAAUCGAGACCUUCAUCCGCCACCACGCGGAUCUCGCCGACGACUCCGUCACCGCCUUGGCUAACGUGGCCUAUUUCCUGUUCGCCAUGUCAGAGCUCACCCACCAUCCGCUUGCUCCACACAUUCCCAGGGGUCUGCGGCAGCGCAUGGCUCAGGUGGUGCGCAGCUCCAAGGAGGGGCUGCUGGUGUGGCGCGCUGCCUCGCUGCUCGCGCUCACUGAGGCCUCUGUUGGCAACGAGGUGAGGGGAAGGGGGUGGGGGGAGAGGGGUGGGGGAGAGGGGUGGGGGGAGAGGGGUGGGAUUGUGGGGGAAGAGGGCUUGCAGAGCCUUGCAGGUCUCUUCUCUGCUGCAGCCAAGGCGGUGACAGCCAUGCAGCAAGGCAGUGGCGAUGCAGACGAUGCUGACGUGGAUGCUGACGUGGAUGCUGACGUCGAGGCUGACGUGGAUGCUGAGGUCAAGGUUGACGUAGACGCUGACAGGGGUGGGGAGAAGAAGAGAGAGGAGGUGGUAAAAGUGGAGGGGGGCACAAGGGAAAUUAUGCAAGUGGAGGGCGAAGGGAAGGAAGAGGAAGUUGCCAGGAAGGAUCAGCUCGUGAGCGAAGGGAGGACUGAGGAGGGUGAGAAGGAAGGGGGUGGGAGAGAAGGGGAAGAGGAGGAAGGUGUGGAGGACGUGAGGGUUUCAAGAGGAGCGGGUAGAGGAAAGGGAAAAAAGUGGCGGGGGAGGGGGGGGAAGGCAGGUGCAGGAGGGCGGGGGAAGCGGGCUGCAGAGGGGGUGACGGGGGGUGAGGAGAGGGCGGGUGGGGAUGUGGAUGAUGAGGGAGUGCGUGAAGUGGAGAUGGUGGGGGGAGAGGGUGAUGUGCUGGAGGUUAGUGGGAGUGAGAUUGAGGAGGUGAAGGGGAGUGUGGUGGUGGAGAGUGGUGUGGUAGAGUGUAGUGCUUUGGAAGUGGAAGAAAGUGAGGACGUCAAAGAGUGUGGGGAGGUGAAAGAGAGUGAGGAAGUGGAAGGGGAUGAGGAGGUGGAGGAGUGUGUGGAAGUGAAGGAGAGUGAGGGAGGGAAAGAGAGUGAGGAAGGAGUGGAAGAGGUGAAGGACCUUACAGUGGAGGAUCCAAGUGGUAAUCAGCAUGCUGCAGAGCGCUCAGGGGAGGUACAGCUGGUGAAGGUGGUACCUGGAGUAGGCAGCAGCGUACAGCCAGUCAACACCAGAGUGCUGAGGUCACACAGCAAUAAGGAGUUGUCGAGUGCGGUUGAAAGAGGUGCUGGAGAGUCACACAGGGGAGCAGCAGCGGGUGGAACGGAGAGAGAUGGAGGGGUGGGGAAGAAAGCAGGGAGAGUGGAAGAUGCGGAGCAGGAGGAAGCUGCAGCUGACGAGGCCAUGUGCCAGGGCCAGGGGCCUCUAGGGCUGGAGCAGCUGUGGGAGAGCGUGAUGGCUCAAGGGUCACUCACGCUCUUGCCUCUUCCCCUCCAGCCCCCUUUGACAUUCUCUUACCCUGCCGUGCACAUGCCAGGGCCAGGGGCCUCUAGGCCUGGAGCAGCUGGCCAGGGGCCUCUAGGCCUGGAGCAGCUGUGGGAGAGCGUGGUGGCUCUUGUGUUUGCAUGUGCUGGGGAGGAGGAGGAAGAGGAGGAAGUGGACGAGGAGGAAGAGGAAGAGGAGGAAGUGGAAGAGGGGGAAGAGGAAAAGGAUAGCGAGAAGUCAGGCCUGGAGAGUAAGGGAGGGGCGGAGGACAAGGGGGAAGAAAAACAUGAGGGGGAGGAGGUUGAAGGGGAGGACGAUGACGAGCAAGGGAGAAGGAGAAAGCGUGCUAGGAAAGGAGAGGAGGGCGACAGGGAGGAGGAGCAGCGUGAGAAGGAAAAGGAAGGAGUGAAGGACGAAUUGGGUGGUGAAGCGACGGGAGAGAAGUGUCAAAGGGGAGAAGCGGAGGGGAAGGAGGGACAGGAGGGAGUGCAGGCAGCAGUGCAGGGAGAGGUGGAGAAGGAGGUGAAGCGUGAGUGUGUGCGGAGGGCACAUGCAUGUGUCGCUCCCAAUCGCCUGGAGCUGGCUCGAGCAGCUCAGCUGCUGCUUGGUGCUACGUUGGAUCUGCAUGGUAUCAUAGCGGACAACGAUGGGUACCGCAGAGCCAGGAAUGAGAACCCUCACCCCACUGCGAGCCCUCACCCCACUGCGAGCCCUCACCCCACCCCACUGCGAGCCCUCACCCCACUGCGAGCCCUCACCCCACUGCGAGCCCUCACCCCACUGCGAGCCCUCACCCCACUGCGAGCCCUCACCCCACUGCGAGCCCUCACCCCACUGCGAGCCCUCACCCCACUGCGAGCCCUCACCCCACUGCGAGCCCUCACCCCACUGCGAGCCCUCACCCCACUGCGAGCCCUCACCCCACUGCGAGCCCUCACCCCACUGCGAGCCCUCACCCCACUGCGAGCCCUCACCCCACUGCGAGCCCUCACCCCACUGCGAGCCCUCACCCCACAGCGAGCCCUCACCCCACUGCGAGCCCUCACCCCACUGCGAGCCCUCACCCCACUGCGAGCCCUCACCCCACUGCGAGCCCUCACCCCACUGCGAGCCCUCACCCCACUGCGAGCCCUCACCCACUGUGAGCCCUCCACUGCGAGCCCUCACCCCACUGCGAGCCCUCACCCCACUGCGAGCCCUCACCCCACUGCGAGCCCUCACCCCACUGCGAGCCCUCACCCCACUGCGAGCCCUCACCCCACUGCGAGCCCUCACCCCACUGCGAGCCCUCACCCCACUGCGAGCCCUCACCCCACUGCGAGCCCUCACCCCACUGCGAGCCCUCACCCCACUGCGAGCCCUCACCCCACUGCGAGCCCUCACCCCACUGCGAGCCCUCACCCCACUGCGAGCCCUCACCCCACUGCGAGCCCUCACCCCACUGCGAGCCCUCACCCCACUGCGAGCCCUCACCCCACUGCGAGCCCUCACCCCACUGCGAGCCCUCACCCCACUGCGAGCCCUCACCCCACUGCGAGCCCUCACCCCACUGCGAGCCCUCACCCCACUGCGAGCCCUCACCCCACUGCGAGCCCUCACCCCACUGCGAGCCCUCACCCCACUGCGAGCCCUCACCCCACUGCGAGCCCUCACCCCACUGCGAGCCCUCACCCCACUGCGAGCCCUCACCCCACUGCGAGCCCUCACCCCACUGCGAGCCCUCACCCCACUGCGAGCCCUCACCCCACUGCGAGCCCUCACCCCACUGCGAGCCCUCACCCCACUGCGAGCCCUCACCCCACUGCGAGCCCUCACCCCACUGCGAGCCCUCACCCCACUGCGAGCCCUCACCCCACUGCGAGCCCUCACCCCACUGCGAGCCCUCACCCCACUGUGUGCCCUCACCCCACUGUGUGCCCUCACCCCUGUGAGCACCUCUGCCGACUCAAUCGGUGCUCUCCCUUGUUUGCUCCACCACCUGCGUGCACGGCAUCUCACCUCCUCCCUCCUCCCGCAUGGGAGGCACUGGAGGAUCGACUGGUGAGGCUCUUCGCGUUGGAGCCCAGCGUUGCCAAGAAGAGCUUCUUCCUGCAGACCAUGGUGGAUCCGUGCCACAAGUAUCAUCUCAUCAUUCUCCUCUUCUCUCGCUUCGGCCCUGUUGCGUACUUUGACAUCAACCCCAACGCUAUAUUUGAGUCGCUGCAAGCACAGAAGCCAACUGCAGGGGGGAAGAGGCCGAGCAGGAAGAAGGCUGCACAAGUACCGGUAGCGGAGGAGACCGCACUACAAGAGGCAGCAUCAGCAGCACCGAUGUCCAUAUGCGACAUGAUAGCUGAUGCAUCAUGCGCAUGUCCCUUCACGGGUGAAAUGUCAACAUUGGGACAACGCUGCCUCACUGCUCUUGAUACAUUCACGAAGAGCUUACAAUAA